AUGGACCUCUUCACCCUCCCCGCCGCCCUGCUCUUCCUGCUGCUGGCUGGCCCCGCCUACGCUCAGCUACCCUACGACCCUACGCGCAUCCUCCAAUCCCGCCAGGACAAUGAUAUCAUUUACGUCUUCCGCCCCGAUCCCAGCGCGACCGCAAAGACACAAUUGCUGUCCCUUGACGUCUCGUCCGCGCUGAACGCCGCCGAUCUCCCGCUCACGACGCUCUAUCCCGCGCUACCCUUCGCAACGUCGACCGAUGACACCGCCGUGCCGUACAUCCCCGUCGCGGACGAGAAGGGCGGCCUCACCGUGUACGCGGGGCGCUGCGGGCCGGCGCUCCACGAUGCCAAGGUGUGGAAGUUCGCGGUGGCCGAAGACGCGCAAGACAGCAACGGGACGUGGACGGAAUCGGACGCGACGGCAGGCAGCGACGGCGACGGGCGCACGCUGCUUGGCCCCAACUUCCUGAGCCACGGCAUCUCCUUCUCCUCGACGGUGGGCGACAGCGACCCGGCGCUGUUCGCGUUUGGCGGCAUGUGCCCCACCGAUGACGCGACGCCGGGGUCGUGGGUGGCCGCGGCCAACUACUCCAGCGCCAUGCUGCAGGUCCAGAAAUCAUCGAACGACGAUGAUGAUUCUGCAGCAGGGUUCGACGUCGACGUUGCGCCCACGCGCGGCCCGCCCGUCGCUGAGGCCGGGUUUGGGCUCGUGGGCCUGCCGCCCACGUUCUCGAACCGCAGCGACGGCUCUGCGGAUCAGCAGCAGAACUUUGUCCUGUUGGGCGGCCACACGGACGGCGCGUUCAUCAACAUGUCGCAGGUUGCUCUGUACUCGCUGCCAGAGGAAACUUGGACGUUUAUCCCCGUGGAGCAGCCCGAUGUGCGCGACGGCGAUCUCGCCAAACGCGCUGCAACGGUUAGCGAGGUGGAGCCGCGCUCGGGGCAUACUGCUGUCCUGUCCGAUGAUGGCACGAAAAUCAUCGUCAUGGGCGGCUGGGUUGGAGACGUCGACACGCCGGCCGAGCCCCAGCUCGCUGUCCUCAACAUCGGCGAAGGUUAUGGCGGAGAGGGCGCGUGGUCCUGGUCCAUUCCUUCGCCGUCGGGCAGCGGCCUCGCCGAUGGCGCUGGCAUUUACGGCCACGGGGCCGUGAUGCUCUCUGGAGACGUGAUGAUGAUCCUGGGAGGGUACUCGAUUUCGUCGUUGUCGUCGUCCUCGAAGCUGAGGGGGAGAGCAACGCCCGCGCAGAACACGCAAAACUUUUUCUUCAAUGUCAGUUCGAACAGCUAUUUAUCGGACUAUUCGCCGGUAUCCGACUCGUCCGAUUCUUCUGACAAGGGGGGCCUUUCAAGCGCAUCGCAAAAGGCUGGGCUCGGUGUCGGCAUCGGAAUCGGCGUCGCGGCCGUUGUCUGCAUGACUAUUUUCUACUUCUGGUACAAGCGCCACCUCCGGGAAAAGAGGGAGUGGAGAGAGAAGGAACUCCGCGAGCUUUCUUUGGGCGCUCACUACGUGCAUGGAAUUGGCCCUGGGAACACGGGUCUGAGUUCGCGAGGCAGAGAUCCGUUCGCGGACGAGUAUCUUAGCGAUCGCGAAGCCGCUGCAUACGCGUCCGACCCUUGGUAUUCUGGCGGACGAGGAGGCUGGAAAGGACAAGGUGGCGGUGAAGCCGAGCGGACUGGCCUGCUCGUCGAAAUACCCAGUCCGACGCGAGGCCUCCGCCGGAACUCUCAAGGAAGAGUGUAUCACCAGGCACCUUUGUACGAUGACAGCCGCAUCAACCCUGGAGCGGGCCCGAUCCACCGCAUCGACGAGCGCGCAGAGGAAGAGGAAGAGGAAGCCAAUCUUGAAAUGCGUGAAAGACCGCGGACCGCCGAAACCGACUACCGUCUUUCCAUACACUCGACUGGCGACUCGAAUCCUCUCAUCGACCACAACGACCACGAAUACCUUGGCAGCAAUCAUUCCGCCCGCGCGCCCAACAGCAGUCAUAGCAACGUCAACGCCAACGCCGAUGCCGACUCGUUCACCACGGCCAAGACAUCCUUUGCCCAGCUCCAAGCAGAGGGCGAGGCACUGCUUGGCGGUCGCCCCGACAACGCUGAAAACAUACCCACGUCGAUACCGUUCCCAUCGCUCAGCCCCAUCGAUCCGGAUUCUCCGCACUACCGGAAAUCCUCGGCGGCGGAUGGGUUGUCGCCUCCGAGACGGGCAGCGAGUGAUGCGGGGUUCUGGGCUAAGAGGGAGAAGAGAGGGUCUAAGGCGUGGACCGCGGAUAUUUUGGGGCUGGAGGGGCAGGAAGAUGAAGAGGAUUGGAUUGCAGGGAGGCCGCGACCACGGACCGUCGCAGGCGAGGAAGCAUUUGGUGCGAGGGGUUUGUUGCCCGGUGGAGCAGGAGCUGGGGAUGUCGAGGUCGUGGGAAUGGGAGGGCUGGAGUUGCAGGACGGCGAGUAUUACGAGGACGAAGGCGAGUGGGACGUCGAAGCCGCGGCCGAGCGUCGCGACGUCCAGCUCUGCUUCACGGUGCCUCGGCAAAGGUUGAGGGUCGUGAACGCGGAC